GCGCCGUACUGCGAAUAGCUGCUUUCUCGCUUGCGUGGCGGGAUGGGACUUUGCAAAUGCGAAAGGAAACGAGUUACGAAUUUAUUCUGCUUUGAGCACCGAGUUAAUGUCUGUGAGUUUUGCAUGGUUGCUUCACAUAAAAAAGUAAGUUGCUGUACGCUCUCCUAUUGCCGCAGUGUGUUGUGAAGUCCUAUCUACGUUGGCUGAAGGACAGUAAUUUCAAUCCAACCUGCAUCAUAUGUAGCGAACAGCUAGACGCUUCUGACAAAGAGUGCGUUCGGUUAGUGUGUUUAGGUAAUUGACCUAUUUGGUGUAGCAUAUUUUUUAGAUGUCUUCCAUUGGGACUGUUUGAACGAGCUGGUCUCCACCGCACCUGCAACAACAGCACCAGCGGGAUAUGUUUGCCCCUCUUGUGGUCAAAGUAUAAUUCCUCACAGCAAUCACGGAGGUCCCGUAGCAGAAGCCUUGCGGGCAUUCCUGGAGAGGGUGGACUGGGCUAAGCCUUGUCUGAAUGGUUUUCAAACGUUUACACAGACACCAGUACUUCAACGCCCCAUCUCACCGCAGCGGACCGACUUUCAGAUUCUCUCACAAACCAACAGUGGCAAACUCCUUGAUCCACGACUGGAUGCAGUCGCCCGACAGUUUCUCAGUGGGAAAGACGUACCGGAAACUGCUGUUUACGAACUCGCCUCAAAACCGACAGUUUCCGAAGAGCUGUGUUCAGAACACCUUUCAUCCAGCGCAACAUUUAAUCACUCACCCAAAGCCCAGCGCCGUGAGCCUUCCUCUUCUGCAAUACCGAUGUUCCGCAAACCGAGAGAGGAUGAUGAUAAAUAUAGACGCCGAGUCGCUCUCGGUGGGAUCGCCCGAUGGUUCAGGUCCUACUUCUCCGUACAUAAUCGGUCGCUCACUUUCCGGGAACGGCGUUUUUUCCUGUUGUUGGCUAUCUUCUUCAUUGCCGCCCUGCUGACAUUCUCUCAUAUUCACCAAGUAAAUUCGACCGAUCGUGGUUCCCUUUUCGAUCCCCAUAUGAAUCCGGACAUUCACCUGGAUCGUGAAGCUGCGGCUGCAAUAGAGGCUGCCGAUGAGCGGAAUGAAGUACGGGUUGACAGCUGAUAUGGUCUUAAUACUGAUCCUACCUUCUUUACUUCUUUGUCUUUCUUUUGCGUGCAUCGCGCAUGCACAACGGUUGAAUCUGCAGCGACAAGACACCAUAUUCAAUCGUUUAUCUAUCCUCUCGAACGAUUUUUAUUCGUAUUCCUGCAUGUCUUGAUCCCUCCAAGUGGGUGUUUGUGAUUUGGCCGUUGAAAUUUCAUUCUUGAUGGAUUGUGUUUUUGAUUUGUCUAAUUACGGACUUCUAAAUCUUUCUUCACAUUCUUGUGUGCGGUCGUUCUACAAUGGAUCACAUAAACGAGUCGCAAUGUACCAAAACCAUUAAAGUGAAUCGCCUAGGGUGCAUCCUCGGAACAGGAACAGUAGUGUUUCUUCGAGGGAUUAGCGUGUUUCAUCUAG